CUUAAGGGGGAGGGGAGAGGGAGGGAGUAUUCAGUGGUUGGUAUUACUCGUAAUCUAUACGGAGUUUUUUUUUUCUAUCUUUGAGAAUUCAGGUUGCGGAGGAUCUGAUUCGAGGAAGACGACCUUUGCUCAACUGAAAAAAGUUAUUCUCGAGUCCUUGCAUAUGCUUGUGAUCUGGUCCUUCAUCCACGAUUCUUGGCUGUCACCAUUUUUCAUUCAAUUAGGAAUCUGUGAUUCAAAGAUGUAUCGUUAAAAGUGAUGGGCAUAUAUCUUAGUUCUCCAAAAACAGAGAAGCUCUCAGAGGAUGGUGAGAAUAUGGGGCUCAAAUAUGGGUUAUCAUCCAUGCAAGGAUGGCGUGCAACAAUGGAAGAUGCGCAUGCUGCGAUCCUUGACUUGGACACUUCGACUUCUUAUUUUGGCGUUUAUGAUGGUCAUGGAGGGAAGGUUGUUGCUAAAUUCUGUGCCAAAUAUCUUCAUCAACAAGUAGUUAAGCAUGAAGCGUAUCAAGCUGGCGAUAUUGGAACUUCUUUGCAGAAAUCUUUUUUAAGAAUGGAUGAGAUGAUGCGUGGACAGAGAGGGUGGCGGGAGCUUGCUGUUCUGGGUGAUAAAUUGAUCAAGCUCACCGGUCUGAUAGAAGGUUUGAUAUGGUCCUCAAGAAACUCCGAAGGAAAUGAUCAACAUGAUGAUUGGGCAUUUGAGGAGGGACCCCACUCUGAUUUUUCUGGACCCACUUCUGGAAGUACAGCUUGUGCUGCAAUCAUUAGAGGCAACCACCUUGUUGUUGCAAAUGCCGGUGACUCUCGCUGUGUGAUUUCAAGGAAGGGUCAGGCAUACAAUCUGUCAAGGGAUCACAAACCUGAGCUUGAGGUUGAAAGAGAACGGAUUUUGAAAGCCGGUGGUUUCAUUCAUCAUGGGCGAGUGAAUGGAAGUCUAAACCUUGCAAGAGCUAUAGGAGACAUGGAAUUCAAGCAGAAUAAGUUUUUGCCAGCUGAGAGGCAAAUAAUAACGGCCAAUCCAGACAUAAAUACAGUUGAGUUAUGUGAGGAUGAUGAUUUUAUGGUGCUAGCUUGUGAUGGCAUAUGGGAUUGUAUGUCUAGCCAGCAAUUGGUUGAUUUUAUACAUGAGCAGCUACACUCUGAGAGUAAGCUUUCGGCAGUGUGCGAGAGAGUUCUAGACACGUGUUUGGCGCCCUCUACGGCUGGAGGCGAGGGAUGUGACAACAUGACUAUGAUAUUGGUUCAGUUUAAGAAACCAAUUCAAUCGGAACCUCAUGACUUGCCUGAAUGCGACAGAAAGUUGCCACAAGUGAAUGGUAAACCUCAUGACGAGUCUGCCGAAUCGGUUGAAUGUGGAUCAAGUUCAUGACAGAUGUGUAUAUAGUGUGUGUGUCUAAUAUAGUCACUGUGAAAUUCCAAACUGCAACUCUGCAUGAAAGUAUUAUUCUUGUGGUUCCCUUUGUGACUGUUAUGUAAUGAAUGUACUGUAAAAAUGGAAAAUGACUGCAUGUGUAUAUAAUAAUACUAUCAUGGAGGACCUUUUCUCUCUAAUUUGUUAAGGAUUUAUAUUCUUUUUUUAAGUGUGUUUUUGUAAAGGGAAAAUCAUUGUUUUGGUCCCACAAUUGUUCUUGAUAUCACAAUGUGGGUUCAUCAUUGUCAAUUUCUCUGUUGCUUAUGUUAGCAUUUUGAUGUGAAUUUUCCUUGAUUUAAAUCUUUUUUUGGAUGUGUUUUGACUGAUAUGUAGUAUAUAAUUAUUAAGAAAGAUAUACUGCAUGU